AUGUCAAUGUCUUGCAAGGAUGGUAAGUUGGGAUGUUUGGACAAUGGGAAGUAUGUGAGGUACACGCCUGAACAAGUUGAAGCACUUGAGAGGCUGUAUCAUGACUGUCCUAAACCGAGCUCUAUUCGCCGUCAGCAGUUGAUCAGAGAGUGUCCUAUUCUCUCUAACAUUGAGCCUAAACAGAUCAAAGUGUGGUUUCAGAACCGAAGAUGCAGAGAGAAACAGAGGAAAGAGGCUUCACGGCUUCAAGCUGUGAACCGGAAGUUGACGGCAAUGAACAAGCUCUUGAUGGAGGAGAAUGAUAGGUUGCAGAAGCAAGUGUCACAGCUGGUUCAUGAAAACAGCUACUUCCGUCAACAUACUCACAAUCCUUCACUUCCAGCUAAAGACACAAGCUGUGAAUCGGUGGUGACGAGUGGUCAGCACCAAUUAGCAUCACAGAAUCCUCCUAGAGAUGCUAGUCCUGCAGGACUUUUGUCCAUUGCAGAAGAAACUUUAGCAGAGUUUCUUUCAAAGGCAACUGGAACCGCUGUUGAGUGGGUACAGAUGCCUGGAAUGAAGCCUGGUCCGGAUUCCAUUGGAAUCAUUGCUAUUUCUCACGGUUGCGCUGGUGUGGCAGCACGCGCCUGUGGCCUAGUGGGUCUCGAGCCUACAAGGGUCGCAGAGAUCGUCAAGGAUCGGCCUUCGUGGUUUCGCGAAUGCCGAGCUGUUGAUGUUAUGAAUGUGUUGCCUACAGCCAACGGUGGAACCAUUGAGCUGCUUUACAUGCAGGUGUGCGAGAGAUCUCUGAAGAGCACUCAAAACGGUCCUAGUAUGCCACUGGUUCAACAUUUUGUUAGAGCAGAGAUGCUUCCCAGUGGUUACUUGAUACGGCCUUGUGAUGGUGGUGGCUCGAUCAUACACAUAGUGGAUCAUAUGGAUUUGGAGGCUUGUAGUGUGCCUGAGGUCUUGCGCCCGCUCUACGAGUCACCAAAAGUACUUGCUCAGAAGACAACAAUGGCAGCGCUGCGUCAGCUCAAACAAAUUGCUCAAGAGGUUUCUCAGACUAACAGUAGUGUUAAUGGCUGGGGAAGGCGUCCUGCUGCUUUACGCGCUCUCAGUCAAAGGCUAAGCAGAGGCUUUAAUGAGGCUGUUAAUGGUUUCACCGAUGAAGGCUGGUCGGUGAUAGGAGAUAGCAUGGAUGAUGUUACCAUCACUGUAAACUCUUCUCCAGACAAGCUAAUGGGUUUGAAUCUUACCUUCUCCAACGGCUUUGCUCCUGUUAGCAGUGUGGUUCUAUGUGCCAAAGCCUCCAUGCUCUUACAGAACGUUCCUCCGGCGAUCCUGCUUCGGUUUCUGAGGGAGCAUAGAUCAGAAUGGGCAGACAACAACAUUGAUGCAUAUUUGGCAGCAGCUGUUAAAGUGGGGCCUUGUAGUGCCCGAGUUGGAGGAUUCGGAGGUCAGGUUAUACUUCCACUUGCUCAUACUAUUGAGCAUGAAGAGUUCAUGGAAGUCAUCAAAUUGGAAGGUCUUGGUCAUUCCCCUGAAGAUGCAAUCGUUCCCAGAGAUAUCUUCCUCUUACAACUUUGUAGCGGAAUGGAUGAAAAUGCUGUUGGAACGUGUGCUGAACUUAUAUUUGCUCCAAUUGAUGCUUCUUUUGCGGAUGAUGCACCUCUGCUUCCUUCUGGUUUUCGUAUUAUCCCUCUUGAUUCCGCCAAGGAAAUAUCUAGUCCAAACCGAACCUUGGAUCUUGCUUCUGCACUGGAAAUUGGUUCAGCCGGAACAACAAAAGCCUCGACUGAUCAAUCAGGAAACACUACAUGUGCAAGAUCUGUGAUGACAAUAGCGUUUGAGUUUGGUAUCGAGAGCCAUAUGCAAGAACAUGUAGCAUCCAUGGCUAGGCAGUAUGUUCGAGGUAUCAUCUCAUCAGUUCAGAGAGUUGCAUUGGCUCUCUCUCCUUCUCAUAUCAGCUCACAAGUCGGCCUACGCACUCCUUUGGGUACUCCUGAAGCUCAAACACUUGCUCGUUGGAUCUGCCAGAGUUACAGGUGCUACAUGGGCGUUGAACUACUUAAAUCGAACAGCGAAGGCAAUGAAUCUAUUCUCAAGAACCUUUGGCAUCAUACAGAUGCUAUAAUCUGCUGCUCAAUGAAGGGCUUUGCGUGCCUUCAAGGUGGUAUAUGUCUCUCAAGCAUGGGGAGGCCAGUUUCAUACGAGAGAGCAGUUGCUUGGAAAGUACUUAAUGAAGAAGAGAAUGCUCAUUGUAUCUGCUUUGUGUUCAUCAAUUGGUCCUUUGUUUGA